GGAGGGGGCCUUCCCUGCCUACCCCUGCUGUUACCCAUUGUUUUCUUCAGGGCCUGUCUUGUCACCAGAGUGUAAGCCGCCUGAGGGCAGCACUCUUGUUCUUUAUUAUCACCAGCGCCAGGGGCACCCUGGGACCUCGGACCCCAGUAGGAACAGGAUGGGGUUUGUGGGCCCUGAAGGGAGCCAGGGGCCCCCAGCACAUCUGAUGCGGCCCCAGCCAGUUCGGCUUUUCUAGCAAACAGCUAGCUCCUUUUGAUAUUCCCUGGAGAAUCUAUUUUUAAACUCCUUAUUUCUAUGCUGCUCUUCUCGGCCAGGGACGUUCAGGGUGCCUUCCCCCCAUCCCCCAACCAAACCAGGGAACCCCGUGCCUUUCUCUGCGCAGCCAGGUCCCACGUCUUCUUGCCUCCUUACUCAGGGAACCGUCACACCAGGAACCACUGAGGGGCAGGGCCCGUUGUGGCCUGGAAAGGUCGGUGUCCGUCCCCAGCCCUCAGGAUGGUGCUGCCGGCCUGCCUGGUGUCUAACAGUGACCCCUCAGUGCAGUAACAAUGGCCCCAUUUUCUCUGGGUCAAUAAGGGGGGCUGCUUGUACGAGGGGAAGGCGGGCUGAGGCCUGCCUGAGUUUAAGAAUAAAUUGGAUGAUUUCCUUGCCUUGGUCCUACCUCCUUUCUUCCUGUGUGGGGGCUGGAGAGGUGGCCCCGGGUGGGGUCCUGCUGGGCUGGGGGACACAAGUUACAGUCACGGGCACUCGUGUCUAAUCUUUGCAGCCCAGACUUCCCCAUUGUACAGCUACGGAAAGUGAGGCUCAGGGUGGUGAAGUCAGUUGGCCCCGGGGUGGGGAGGGCCUGGGCCACUUCAAGUUUCCGGAGUGGUUACUGUUGACAUUCUGAUUCUCUUCAAAUGAGGAGAUGCGAAAGCAGAGUUACAAUAACUGUGGUGAUAUUUUACAUUUUUCUAUGGGGAAAAAAAGUGUGAUUUUUAUAACCCUCAUAAAAAACACAAUGGAGUAUUUCUCUGCCCACUCGAAGAGUUAUGGACUGCAGCAAGCCACCAGAACGUCACUGCAGUUUCGCAUAAUGCUGACAGUGUCACAUCAGCUGUGGCCUGACCCACAGUGCCGGGCUGCGUGCGACCCGUGGACUGGUUUCUGACAGCAGCAGCAACUUCUGACACCACCAUUGUGCCAUGUCCAAGUCCAGGCUUUGAAAAGCCUCUGAUGACCUCUGGGUCUCUGCGGCAGAUGGGUCCCCAAACGGGGCACAUGUUUUAUUUACUUCCCGGAAAUCCAGUGUCAUUUUCAAUCUUGCCAGUCGGUGGAACGCUCAGUCGGCGUCUCAAGUCGGAGGCCUUCUGUGACGGUGGCCUCGGUGCUUCUUGGAUGCCGUGGGGGGCCGGGGCCACUUUUUCAUCUGGGACCGCAAUGCCCCGGCUCCCCCAUCUUGUUAGGAGCAAGACCACCAAGUGAUGUUUGAGAACUGAAAAAACCGACCACCAAAAGACCCACGUCGACAGAAACCCCACACUGGCUCUGGAAUAAGUACCGAGAACUGCUUUGUCUGACUGAACGCUAGUACAAUCUGUAAGACGGCUGUGUCCUGGCUCGGCCACACCGGUCUGAGCACCAGGACAGGGGCCUGGGCCGCCUCAAGGCUUCUGGACUUGGAUCUCUCGGCCGCUUUGGCUGCUGCCCCUGUGAAAAGGGGCAGGGGACCAGUAGAGCCCAGAGAGGGGAGGGGAGCUGCUCCAGGUCACACAGGAAUUGGGUCUUGAGCCUCCUCGGCAUGGCCUUGCCUCUGUCUGGGACACUGUGGUCACUGUAGGGCUGUGGCCCGUCCCUCCUUGUUGUGGCCAGGAAGGGGGACCACCCCCACUGCUUCUCUAGGUCUGGCUGUCCAGACCUGGGCACUGCAAGGCUGCAAGUGACCAGGGCAGAGUGUGGGUGGUGGUGCCAGCGAGAGCACUGCCCUGUCCCUCUUGGUCCUGCCACUCUGCGGCCCCCAAACCCCGCCCCGCCCCGGGCCGUGUCUAGAGCUCUGAGGCACUGGCGCAGUGAGGGUUACAGCUGGGGCCCCUCCCAGUCUCCUGAGCCACCAUCCCUUAGCAACAGGCCCGCCAGGCAGGACGCGAUGCCAACGCGUAGAACGGGCAGGAGCCAGAGGAGUGGCUGUCUGGACUCCAGGACCAUUGCAGGCCAGGUGAGCGGGCAGGUGGACAAGGCAGGCUCGUGGCACCGAGCCUGGUCGGCCGAGUGGGAGUCCUCCCUCGAACUCUCCCCCGGCCAGUUGCCCAGCGCCCGACCCGCCAUGGACGCUGUGGACGCCACUGUGGAGAAGCUCCGGGCACAGUGCCUGUCCCGAGGGGCCUUGGGCAUCCAGGGCCUGGCCAGGUUUUUCCGCCGCCUGGACCGGGACAGGAGCCGGACCCUGGACUCGGGGGAACUCCAGCGGGGCCUGGCUGAGCUGGGGCUGGCGCUGGACGCGGCCGAAGCAGAGGGCGUGUGCAGGCGCUGGGACCGUGAUGGCAGCGGGACGCUCAACCUGGACGAGUUCCUGAGGGCACUGCGGCCCCCCAUGUCCCCAGCUCGGGAGGCGGUCGUUGCAGCUGCCUUUGCCAAGCUGGACCGCAGCGGGGAUGGUGUGGUGACCGUGGACGACCUCCGGGGGGUGUACAGUGGCCGCGCCCACCCCAAGGUGCGAAGUGGGGAGUGGACCGAGGAGGAGGUGCUCCGCCGCUUCCUGGACAACUUCGACUCCUCCGAGAAGGACGGGCAGGUCACACUGGCCGAAUUCCAGGACUACUACAGCGGCGUGAGCACCUCCGUGGACACAGAUGAGGAGUUUGUGGCCAUGGUGACCAGUGCCUGGCAGCUGUGAGCCGUGCACACAUGCUC